CCGUCGCUUACGACCUUGCGUGGGUGGAAACGCGUAGUACCCGCGUUGUCGCCGUCCUCGCGAGCUCCGCAGUUGCUUAUUCCCGGCGUGGCACCCGUCACACAGCAGCUCCGAAGGUUCGUUGGGUCGCUCGUCAAAGCUAGCAAAGGUGUUGUUUCGACGCGCCAACAGCAGCUGCAGCCCGACGGCCGACAGGGCUCCGGGACCCGAGCAACAGAAGCUGCCACGCGGCACUAGGGGGCUCGAGGAGGGCGAUCCGGGGGUGCGGGUGGACGAGAUGCCGGAGGCGGCCUCGAGCUCGGGCGAGCUGCUCGACGAGCAGGACCACUCGAUCUUCGAGAACAAGACGGGCCUGGCCGAGGAUCUAAAGUUCCUGGCCCGCAUGCCCGAGCUAUGCGACGUCACCUUCCUGGUGGGCGAAUCCAAGGAGCCGGUCUGCGCGGUCAAGGCCGUUCUCGCCUCGAGGAGCAAGGUCUUCCACAAGCUGUUGUACCAGGCGCCCAGCCCCCAGCGCAAAAAGGAGCAGGUCAAAGAGAACAAGCUCAAGUACUUUCUCAAGCGAAGCUCCGAGCCCCUCCUGAACCUGCAAAAUGCCGCUCAACAGCGAUCCGGCUUUACGCAGCAACUGGCUUCCAUUCAAGAGCCCCAGUCCAACCAGCACCACACACUGGUGGUGAAGGAAUUCGAGGCGGACGUGUUUCGCCAGCUGAUCGAAUACAUUCACACGGGAUGCGUGACCCUGCAGCCGCGCACACUGCUCGGGGUAAUGAACGCGGCGGACUACUAUGGGCUGGACGAGCUGCGCCGGGCGUGCGCCGGCUUCGUCCAGUGCUGCAUCACCGUCGACACGGUCUGUGCCCUGCUGGGCUCCGCCGAGCGGUACAUUCAGUACAAGUGCACCAAGUCCCUCGUACAGAAGGUUUUGGAGUUUGUCGACGAACGGGGCAACGAGGUGCUGAACCUCGGCUCGUUCACUCUGCUGCCCCUGCACGUGGUGCGCUUGAUCUUGGCGCGGGAGGAACUCAGUGCCGAUGAGUUUACCAAGUUCCAGGCGGCUCUCAUGUGGAGUAAAAAGCACUGCGACAACUACCCGAACCAGGCGCUCAAGGACGUCAUCGGCAACUUUCUCGAGUACAUCCAGUUCCACAAGAUCCCGGCGACGGUGCUCAUGCACGAGGUCAACCCGCUCGGGCUCGUGCCCCACUCGAUAAUCGUCAACGCUCUGGCCUACCAGGCAGACCCAACCAGUGUCGAUCCCGAGCAGUUGUCUCCCCACCGAGUGAGGAGGCAGGGUCGCAGCAUGUCCGUCCAGUCGUCGCUGGACCCUUACGGCAGCAACGUGAGCCUCAACUCGCUCGGCAGCGAGGCCGGAUCCGGGAGCGACCACCGCCAACACUCGAGCAUGGCCUGACAACCGUCAUUGGACCACCACCACCACCACCAUCAUUCGCAGCAACAGCUUCUCGGCACGGGUGUGGUCCCCCAACAACAGCAGGACCACAAGAUCGUGGUGCGCGCGGACGUGGAGGUGGUCACGUCGCCACCGACCCCGACGCCGCCUCCCGGACGUACACCUUCGCCGCCCGCGCCGGCCGCUUCCGAGCCCUCCGGCUUCUACAUACGCAUGGUGCUACGCCAAGAGGGACACCUCACCAAUCUCGUUUGGCUUUUCAAGACGCACAAGUUCUAAGUUCGAUCGCAUCGUGUUUGUAUACCCUUCGUCGUUGCAUACCUAUGUCACGUGCCGUUCUUACUGUAUCGUGUGCCAGAGAAACCUGUACCAAACAUUUCGAUUCUUCACGUAGCUUUUUUUUUUAUAGUUGACUGUAGUUUUGAUAAUAACCGAAUAAAUUAAAAAGGUACGACUCUAUUUUUAAUACUCAGGUUAGAUGUUGUCCGUGCAAGGGACAGCCACGCUUUUAGUCCAUCAAGGCCAAUUGGACAUUAUGAGAUUAUUGGUAUACAUUGGUACCUACAAUAUUUCACGGCAAAGUAAUGAACCGUCGGUUACCGUGUACCCAAUAGGUAUUAGCUUCUUUCGAAUCUAAAUUUCUCACUGCCACGCUCAUGGGCGAUCGCUAACAUUUUUGAAAAAAGAGAAAGAGAGAGAGAGAGAGUGAUUAGAAAGGAAGAUACGAUUGAAAAUAAUCCGCGCAGAAAAACAAAAAAAAAAGGAGAAAUAACAAAAGGGCCCACGCUUCCCCUCUUGAUGUCUGAACUUCUCACACGUCUAUACAAACUUGCAAGUACCUAUACACUUAUAAUUAUAUAUGUAUAAAUAUCGUAAUAAAAAAAAAAAAAAAAA